AUGUGCAUCCUGGUAGGAUUGUCCUUGACAGCCAAUCAAGAUGACAUGGAGGAGGCCAAUGAUGAAUGCACCCAGGAAGCCCUUACCAAAAAGAUUGCAGUGAUGAAGAAAGGUUACCAAUGGAUCAGCAAAAUUGAGGAUAAAAUGGAAGUCAACCAAUGUGGUGUUGCCACUGGUGCUAAGCCAGUCAAGCCAUGUCCUUGUCCUCAUCCUCAUGCUGUUGGUGGGCAAAGAAUGCAUGCCAGUCCUUGCACAUCAGCUGCACCACCUCCAUCCACAAGUACCCUUGCUACAAGUACUACCAACAUUGAGUUCCAUGUAUUCAAUCUUGGCUCUCCACUGCCAAAUGACCCCCAAUACAACUAUGAGUUUGAAUCCCAACUACCAGAAAACUUGGACUUGCCACCUGAUUGCAAAGAUGGUGAAGCUAGUUGGCCAUCUCAGUGUGCUGCCACAAUGGCCAAGGAUUGUGAGGCCAAUGAUACUGCCACCAGACUCACCAAUGUCAAGAGGAAAGUAGCCAAGUUGGAAUAUGUCUCAACCUCUGAGGUUGAGGGUGAUGGCAUUGAUGAUAACUGCAGCAAUCUAGAUGAUACCAUCUGUGUUUUGGGGCACAAGAAUGCCAUGGCCAAGGUAUUUGUGCAUCACAGUUACAAAGGGCAUGCCAAAGAAGAUCAAGAUACAAGCUUGCAACUCUAUGUCCAGCUUAUCAGCCACAUCUACUAG